CUACACAACCAACGUGCACGCCUUGGUCCCAGGCUAGUGCAGACUGUGCUGGUGCGCUGCUGCCAGCUCCGAGCGCCCCACAGCUCUGAGCAAGUGGCAGCUUUGAGUCGCCUGGACAAAGAUGCCUCACCGCAGCCUGCGCGCGACUGUCGUCCUCCUGUUGGUGAUCCUUAAGAAGCAGCCUUCCAGCUCAGCCCCACUCAACGGAUCCAAGUGGACCUAUGUUGGUCCUGCUGGGGAAAAGAACUGGUCCAAGAAGUAUCCAUCAUGUGGAGGCCUCCUGCAGUCCCCGAUAGACCUACAUAGUGACAUCCUUCAAUAUGAUGCUAGCCUCGCACCCCUCCAGUUUCAAGGUUACAACGUGUCUGUUGAAAAGCUGUUGAACCUGACCAAUGAUGGCCAUUCAGUGAGACUGAACCUGAACUCAGACAUGUACAUCCAGGGCCUCCAGCCUCACCACUACAGAGCGGAGCAGCUGCACUUGCACUGGGGGAACCGCAAUGACCCCCAUGGCUCUGAACACACAGUGAGUGGGAAGCACUUUGCUGCCGAGCUGCACAUUGUCCAUUAUAACUCAGACCUGUACCCUGACUUCAGCACCGCCAGUGACAAGUCCGAAGGCCUCGCUGUCCUUGCUGUUCUUAUUGAGAUAGGCCCCGUCAAUCCAUCAUAUGACAAGAUCUUCAGUCAUCUUCAACAUGUUAAGUAUAAAGGCCAACAAGUGCUCAUCCCAGGCUUCAACAUUGAAGAACUUCUGCCCAAGAGCCCUGGCGAGUAUUACCGCUACGAAGGGUCCCUGACUACACCUCCUUGCUACCCUACCGUGCUCUGGACAGUUUUCCGAAACCCUGUGCAGAUUUCCCAGGAGCAGCUGCUGGCUUUGGAGACAGCUCUGUACUUCACACACAUGGAUGAUCCUACCCCCAGAGAAAUGGUCAACAACUUCCGGCAGGUCCAGAAGUUUGAUGAGAGGCUGGUGUAUAUCUCCUUCAGACAAGGACUGCUUACCGACACAGGACUGAGUUUGGGUAUCAUCCUUUCAGUGGCCCUGGCUGGCGUUCUCGGCAUCUCCAUUGUUGUGGCAGUGUCUAUUUGGCUCUUCAAAAGGAAGAAGAGCAAAAAAGGUGACAACAAGGGAGUCAUUUAUAAACCAGCCAUCAAGAAGGAGGCUGAGGUCCACGCCUGAGGUCCCUGGCAGUCUCAGACAUCCAAGGAAGGACCUUGCUUUGGAUACUCCAUCCUUUGGCUCUCUGGACACUUGAAAUACCUCCAGGUGUUCUCUUGAGCUCACCUGUAUCCCCUCCCCCGAGACUCUUGUGAGGUUCCAGCUGGACCUCCCCUGCUCUGCUAUCACAGUCACCCCAGGGUGACCAGUGAGUGGGAUGAACUGAACUAGGGGGCAGGAGUUUUGAGUGGAUUUCUCCAGCUGUGUGAGAUGGCUAAAGAUUCUGAGUUCUGGGUCAAAAACCUAACCUGCUGUGGGCCAUUGUGGUUUGGAAAACACUUCCAUCCUGGGUUCUUCCUGGUCCAUUUCCAGGGCCCUGAACAUUCUAGCUAUUCUCUGACCUUCCAGACUAGAACAUGCACCCUUUGCCUAGGUGACACUUUUGAAACUCAGCUUCAUUCCUCAGGGAGCAGUUGUCUUCCCUGGAUUUCCUUCUGCUCUGACAGACUGCUGGCAAGCCUGGCCUCACACCUACGGGGAAGAACUGAGACAGGAAGUAUGAAAUUAUCAGAAAGAAAGGACAACUAUAAUACACUAGGACAUUUUUACAGUCCCAUCUUUUGGGUUACAGACAUUGACCAAGCCUCACAGCGAGGCAGGCUCAAGUUUUAUUCCUUAGUGGGGAUGAAAGGGAGACAAAGAACAAGGGGAACAGAGGGAACGGGAAGGCAUGCAUUGUCCAGGAGUCUUCCUUUGUAGUCAGAACUGGAAUCAAGAUAUAAUGUGGGUGGGUAGGGGGAAUCCAUGUUAUGACUUACAUAGCCUCAAGAGGACGGUUACACUUUAUAUUCCACUCCAUUACUUGAAAAUGAAUUACUUCCUCUGUCCUGUAGUAGAUGUGAGCUCUGGAAUAAUCUACCCUGUUUUGAACCCAUGGGAAACAGACAAAAGCAGACUACUGGACAGCUUUGCUUCCUUUGCCCAAAUGUCAGUUCUACCUUGUCUGAUCUUCCGCCUGCCCGCCCAUUGUCAGGACUGUCUACUCCUCUGGCUGUGGAGAGGUCUAGUAAUGUAAAUAAUGUUUAGGUAAAGUGUAUUUUCAUACUAUCAAAGCAGGACGCUAUCUGUGUAGAGCUAAGCCUGGUCCUGGUUAUUUAAGUCCUGAAACCAAUAGAAUGUUUCUAAGAAUCUCCCUGUUCUUCCCCCUCAGUCCCAUGGUUUCUGGGAAUGCUUAAUCCCUUCUUCAUGUUCUUUCCAUAGAGGUGAGAACCCUGUGGAGAGCAGUCAGUUCCAUGGCUCAAAAGAAAUCUCAGCCACCAACCCCUAAUUGCUAGCUCCUUACAGUUCAUGGGGAGUUCUCUGACUUAGUCUCAUUUUGACAGCAUGGAAUGUCCUCUUGAAGAACAAGGUUUAUUUUUUUUUUCCUUCUUCUAUCCCUCCCUCCUUCUGACUUGAUAAAAAUCUCUUUUGCUAUCAGAAUGUUUCAUGGUGGCAGCCCUGUGUCUUUGUAGCAUAAUUCACUGGGCAAGGUUACAGGUGAUCAGAUGGGGGCUCAGCUGUGUGUGCAGUAUAUGUGCAUGCACACAAGACCUCUGACAGCCUUGGAGUCUGGGUGCCACCCUAGCCUUGGGACCAACAUGCCUGAUGGUGUCAUCACAGUAAGGACAAGCCUCAAGAAGAAGCAACACAAUUUAGGUGGCUUCCUGACCUUGGUCCAGGAUUGUCGGCCAGGAGCUAGCAUAAAGCAGUCCAGGGCAGCAAGACUGUCUUAAAGAAGUGUAUAUACUAGCAAGUUAUGUGAGAGUGCAACGUGGCCAUCAUAGCUGACACAAGAACUGGUCAGAAAAGGAGAGGUGCUAGGAGGCAAAAACAGUGGUGUUUCUCCUUCCCUCUUCCCCUUCAGCACGGUCCAAUUAUUCAGUCCUCGCUCAACCCUCAUGGCUGAGACAAAACAAAGCCAAGGAAGCAGAAAGAGUGCUCCGAGAAUCAGCGCUGUCUACCUUUAACUCCUGAAGAUGCAGAUUCAGAAUCAUUCUGUGAACACCUGGCCACCACUGAGGGAAACCAGUGCUGUGGUAUUUGAUGCACAGCUCGCCUUGCGCUCUUUAACUCUGCCAUGCGAGGUGCAAGGUGGGUUCCUAGGAGAGCCUGGAUGGGCACAGGGCUGGGCACAGGGCAGGUGGAGAUGACCAACACAAUGCAUGGGUGGGUGGGGACACGCACUGGGGACCCAAGGAAGGCACUGGCUUCUGCAAUGUUCCCUCUGCCUCUUAGAGUAGAACUUUAGUCUCUCUGUUCUUUUUUAGUAUCUAUCUUCUGUUAUAGUAAAUCCUAUAUCCAUGGCUUUAAUAGACAUUCUAAAAGUUGCUGCACUGACAGUCUUAAUAAUAUUUCUAUUCCUCUCCCUCUCAAUACUCUUUGAAGACCUCCUGAUUGGCCCUGAGGAAGUACCCAGGGUAACAGUAUCCCUGGGUCCCUGUCCCUCAGCCCAUAGGCCACUGUGAUAAUUGUCUGCUUAGCAUUUCCAUAUUUAUUGUACCAAUGAUUGUAAUGAAAACAUACACUGAAAGUUUAAGAGAUUAUAAUAAAAACGUUUUUCAC